AUGCGCCAUCAAGGAAACGACUUGGAGGUUGAUGAGAUCGAGUCUGUAUUACUGGAGAAAUUCGGAGAAACCUUGUCAAAGAGAGCCAUGAUUUCGUAUCACAAUUUACCCCCUAAUUCUAAUGACUCAUUUGCUAUGCUUCUCUUUUGUGAAGGCACACGCUGGAACUAUCAAGGCCGAAACCAAGAAAUCGGACCUCUUCAAAAGCAAUUGAAGCAAAAUCUGAUAAAGUAUCCGGUUGUCACUUGGGAUGAUGUGCAUAAUCGGUAUCAAUCAAAGAUCAGAGUCGAAGAAUCAGCUGGGGCUCCUUCCAGAUCCGUUUAUCCGGCUAGACCCGCCGACAGAGUCAAGAGAGAUAUUGACUGUGAACCAAGGUCGAACAGGGAUCGGUAUCAACUGUACAAUGAGGAUCGAAGAAGCAAUGGGUCCGGAUGGAGUUCCGUACGAAAUGAAAGAAAAAAUGAUCGAGGCCAGAACAACCGGGGACUCAUGAGCAAGAAUGGUUUCGACAGGCCUAUCGGACAAAAAGAAGCAUCGAGAACAAAGGAUUGCCGACAGUUGAGGGUGGAGGUAGCUCGGUUAUUCAACAAUGGGCAUUUUCGAGAACUCCUGAGUGAACGAGCCAAGAAUCAUUUCAGAAAUAGGGACUACAAUAAACAAACCAAGCAAGAAGAACCUCAACGCGUCAUUCACAUGAUCAUCGGAAGGGCCGAUGUUCCUCAAGGCCCAAUGUUGAAAAGCACCAAAGUAUAUAUCACAAGGGAGAAACAGACUCAAGAUUACAUACCAGAAGGAACUUUAUCUUUUAGCGACAAGGACGCCGAAGAAAUCGUGCAACCCCAUAAAGAUGCACUUGUAAUAUCUGUACUUAUGAAUAAAUCUCGAGUUGAACGUGUGUUAAUUGAUCCAGGUAGCUCGGCCAACAUCAUGCAAUCGAGGGUCGUAGGACAACUCGGUCUACAAGACCUAAUCGUGCUUGCAGCCCGAGUGCUAAACGGAUUCAACAUGGCUUGUGAAACUACCAAGGGAGAAAUAACAUUACCAGUAAACACCACCGGGACAUCCAGGAAACCAAGUUUUAUGUGA